AUGGAAGAAAAACUAAAGUCAAGAACUGUGCUUUAUUCAAAAUUUCAGUGGGGUUUUAAGAGAAACGACGAUAUCUGCUGGCUGAAGACAAAUCACGAAAGCAGAAGCAUGUCAGACUUCGUCAAUCGGGACUCAAAUUCUAUAUUCAAACGUACCAAGGAACAUUGUCUGGUGGGUUUGAAGGGUAUGAUAUCUGCAGACAUGCAGGAUCAUCUCAUGCAUCCCAAUAUUGACGUCGACAUUGUAAUAAGCGAAGAGCCUCCAUAUGGCUCAACGCAAAAGCCAGAUUAUGUCUACAACAUAAUUGAACACCUUGUCCAAGGCCGGAGACGGAUUGAGAUUUUUGGUGCUGAUCAUAACCUUCGGCAUGGCUGGUUGACAAUCGGGAACGCUCUAUCAUCUUCAAAUUUUAACUUAGAGUCAUAUGUGAGGAAUUUUGUGAAUUUGGAAGGAAAAGUGUGGGAAAGAGGCGAUGGUCCUCAUCUUACAGGCACUACAUCUGCCAUUGAAGAUCUUCGACCUAAAAGUCCUUCUUUAAGGAAGAGACAAGACAAAAAUCGUUUGCCAAAACAAGAAGUUCAUUCUUAA